CUUGGGCCCAGCUAGCCAUGCCCCCACCUCUGAUGCCAGACGCGGGGGACGUGUUCUCCCUCCCAAAGGGAGAUCGGCCAGCGCUGCGUUGGGACGGAGCAACUCCCUGCCUUAAAGGAAUGACGACUCCCACAUAUGUGCUGCUUUGGAGGAGCCCUGGAAGAUGACCCAUCAUUGCUCAGCUCCUUGAACUAUGGGUGGUCGGAAGCUUCAGAAAUGUGUGCAUGAAAUUGAGGAAAUUCCCCACAAUGGACUUCAGCCGAAGCUGGUUGAUGCAUGAGGUAGUUGUUGCUGGGUUUCUUGGACUCUUCCAGACUUGGUCUUUAGCCAGUUACGUUGCACAUGACAGCUACAAUAGAAAUGUCGGCGACAGCACCCAUCAGGUUGUGGCCAUCAACCUGCAGGGCCAAAUGGCCACUAUCCACAACUACAACGGGCGGAAUGGAUAUGACGCUGUCUGGGAUUACAGCAUGGGCCUGUUUGCCACCAGACUCUUUCAGAAGAGAGUCUGUGUGGUGGCGAUGAUGGAUUGGGAAACGUUCCCCGAGCUGGAGGCCCUUGGCUACUUCAAGGGGCAGAAGCUGGCAAAGGACACUCCUCAAGUCCAUCACUUAAAAUUCUUGAUUGGCAAGACCCAUGUCCAGAACACCGGUCAGUUUGGAGGCGCAAUUGAGCAACUGUGCAGAGGGAUCCCCACGUACUAUGCUUCCCAGGAAGAAGGAGCAGACCUGCUUAUCCUGAGUUCAACUUGUACCAGUGCUGGGAUCCAGCACUACUUGGGCAUCUAUCUUUGCGGCAAUAUUCCCAGCUGCUAAGAUCUUGACGGUUUCUGCUGCAGUUCUGCACGGCAAUUAAUUUGUUCUCCCACCACCACCCCUCCUCCAGUUCUCCACACAGUGGCCCUCUUAUUUCCCCGAGUCACGCCUUCCAUUCACUGUUGGAGUUGCUUUGUUCUGAAGUCCAUUCAGGCUUCUGGUAGCUAAAUAAGAAUU